AUGGACAACAAAGAUGUCAUCGUCCACUAUGAGCGCGAGGCCGGGUCCGAGAGCUCUUCCAACGACCAUACGAAGGAAGAGCACGCCGCAGCAUGGGAGAAAUCUUCCACGGACAUUGCGCAAAAGGGAGCCCACGAAGAUUCCUUGACCCUUCGUGAGGUGUUCACCGGGCGCGUGGUUCUCAGCAUCUUGUUCCUGGGCCUUGCUUAUUCCGAAGCCAUCGGGUUUUUGCUCUUCGCAUCGUUGCUUGUGACGGAAUACAACACUCAUUUCAACUCGACAAAUGGUUCAUGGGUCCCAAUCUCAGUCAUCACGGCGGCAACUGUCAUGUUCUCGAUCUGGGGCAGAUGGUCUGACAUUCUCGGUCGGCGCUACAUCUUUCUCAUCGCGAAUGUGAUUGGUGUCGUUGCGUCGAUCGUAGCGGCCACAGCUCAGUCGAUAAACGCGCUCAUUGCGGGCUGCGUACUUGCUGGUGUUGCGAAUGCAGGCAAUCAACUUAGUAUUGCAGCAGUGACCGAGCUGUUACCAAACAGAUACAAGUCUUUUGGAAUUGGCGUCACUGGAGCCUUGAUUCUCCCUACUCAGUUUGCGCCCUUGAUUGCUGGGUCAUUCGUCGAUCAUUACGCUAUAGGCUGGAGAGGCUGCUGGUGGGUGAUGGUUGGGCUCUGCGGGGUUGUCUUCAUAGGCCUGCUGCUUGUGUACUUUCCACCGAAAGGAGCAGAGAUGAGCGACAGCGAGGAACUCCACAAAGGCGUCAAAUAUGAGCUUCGUCACUUCGACUGGGUUGGUGUCAUACUGUUGGCCGGGUCCUUGGUAUCGGUGCUGCUCGGACUGCAGUGGGGAGGAUCGCAUUAUCCGUGGAAAUCGGCCCGUGUCAUCUGCACCAUCGUCAUUGGGGGACUUGGACUCGUCGGCUUCGGCCUCUGGGAGUCACUGGCAAUACCAAAGAUCCCACUCAUCUCGCUUGAGCUUAUGAAAAUGGUUCGAGGAUUCGUUAUACCGGCCAUCGCCAUCGCCACGUCGGCAAUGUCUUACUAUGCCAUGAACAUCAUCUGGCCCCUGAUCAUCUCCUCACUCUUCACCACCAGCGCUCAGACUGCCAGCUAUUAUCAGAUGGCCUCUCCGACAGUGUCGACCAUUGUCAGCUUGAUCUUCCCUCCCAUUGCCCAGCGGAUCGGUCACUACAAGUGGCAGGCUGUUUUCUACACUAUCUGCCAGGGUGCCAUCACGGCUGCCAUGGCGGCGACCACCGAGCAUACCAAAGUCAUGUCGACUGCUUUCCUCGCCAUCAGCGUUGCCUUCUUGACUUGUGGAACACUUUGUAUGCAGCUUUGUCUAGCAACACAGGUUCCGCCGCGCCUCCUUGGCUCCGCUUUCGGACUUGCCGGGGCUGCUCGUCAAUUCAUGGGAUCUGUCGUGUCCGCGAUAUACAUCACCAUCCUGAACAAUGGACUCACAGACAACAUUCCGAAGGAUGUGUCGGCGGCUGCCCUGGAGACAGGUCUUCCGCAAACCUCCCUCGUCAGUCUACUCUCAGCUCUCGGCACAAAUGACCCGCCCGCCAUCGCCGCCGUACCCGGUAUCACACCUGCAAUUCUGGAGGCCGUGGGCCGGGCAACCAAGAAAGCAUAUAGGGAUUCGUUCAAGACCAUCUUCUUUGUCUCGAUCGCAUUCUCCGUCAUUUGCACGGCAACUGCCUGUUUCAUCAAGGACUUCAACGACAAGAACACAGACAAUCAUGUCGAGCUGAAGGUCAACUCGGCUGAUAAACAAGAGGAGCAAACUUCAGACAAGGCCUAG